CGAACUCGAAGCCAGAGAAGAUUGCAGAGAGAGGAGCAAUGGGCUGCGUCUCUUCCAAGCACGUCCGGAAAGAACGGGAACGCGAGGAUCGCCAGCAUCGUCCUCGCCACGGUCACGGUCACGGGCAGGCCGUCUCCGAUGAUGGCGGCCGCCACGCGACCCGCGCUGCCCCCGUGCCCGACCACGUGGUCUCCCUCACCUCCAGCACUUAUGGGGUCCUCAGGCUGGACAGCGAGGAGCGAGGGUUGCCGUCGCCGCUGCAGCGAGGAGAAGUCGCUGCGCAGAGCAAGAGAUUGAAGGGCGGGUCGCCGGCUCGCGGCAGCGGGGAGGAACCCCCUGAAGUCAUCAAUGCGUGGGAGCUCAUGGAAGGCCUCGAGGAGGACGGAGCAACGGCGCCGGCGGACCGGGACAGGAAGACCCCGAGCCCGAGGCCACGAGGAUUGCUCCAAGGCCUCACGGGCAUCGGCGUGAAGACCCCGCUCAGGUUCAUGAACCAGAUUGGCUCUCCGAGGAAGGCGAACACCUAUGGAGGCAAGGAAAACAGGGGAAGCGCAGGAAAUGGGUCGAACCGGGUCGCGGGGAGAUCCGACGUCACCCCAAAAGAGGCCUUGAGAUCGCACAAGUCGUUGGAGAGUUCGUGCAGAGCAGCGAAGAAUCUGAGAAUUUCGACCGUUGGGAUUCCAUUUGGAGGGAAGAGGAACAGCUUCGGGAGUGAUCACGGGGUCACGUCCCGGCGGAGUCUUGGCCCUCUGUUCGAUCCGGCGCUGCUGGAUUCGUACGAGAAAGAGCUGUCUCAAGGCGAAGAGCAUAUCAAGAAGAUGAUUUCGCCGUCAGCCAAGAUCAGGAAAAAGAGAAAUUUCAAGGACCCCGAGUCCGUCCUCCGAACGUUCCAGCAAAAAUGCCCGCCCAGUGGAGACAAUGCGGUGGUCAUAUACACCACCACGCUGAGAGGAAUCAGGAAGACGUUCGAGGACUGCAACGCCGUGAGGUCGGCGAUGGAGUCGCACUGCGUGCAGAUGCUGGAGAGGGACGUGUUCAUGGACUCGGGGUAUAAGGAGGAGCUGAGGAAGCUGGUGGGGUCGAAGGAGGUGAAGGUGCCGGUGGUGUUUGUGAAGGGGAGGCUGAUUGGAGGAGCUGAUGAGGUGGUGAAGCUGGAGGAGGAAGGGAAACUUGGGGUUCUGCUCGAUGGCAUUCCAAGGACUUCAAUGGGUUGCUGUGAAGGGUGUGGGGGAGUGAGGUUUGUGAUGUGCAUGGAAUGCAGUGGGAGUUGCAAGGUCUUUGAUGAGGAACAGAAGAAGGCUGUCAGGUGUGGGGAGUGCAAUGAGAAUGGUUUGAUUCAUUGCCCCAUUUGCAGUUGAUUUGAGCUGGAUUGGAUUCAUCUAGCUAAUUCUGUUUUGGGGUUUUUCUUUUCUUGAUUUUCUGAUCUUGUUCCAUCUGAUGUAAAGACUGAAUUAGGGGGUAGGAAGUGUGGGGGUUGGUUGGGAUGCGAGUGUGUUCUUGAGGAGUCCCUCCUGUUUUGCUAAUCGUUUCGAUUGCAGAUUCUUUCUAUAUUACCAUCUGAUGUAACAAUCUUUUGAUUGCAAGAGAUUAUGGUCAUCUUGAAGGCUCUUUCAAUAGAUGAUAUGGAAGUUUGUUUAUUUCUCUGCAACCAUUCUCAAUGUAACAGCUUA